CUGCGCUUGCGCAGCAAGAGGAACAAGAUGGCGGAGAGUGCGGAACUGAAGCAAAUGGUAAUGAGCCUUCGAGUUUCUGAGCUCCAGGUGUUGUUGGGGUACGCAGGACGGAAUAAGCACGGCCGUAAGCAUGAACUCUUGACCAAAGCUCUGCACCUACUCAAGGCUGGUUGCAGUCCCGCAGUGCAAAUGAAGAUCAAAGAGCUCUAUAGACGACGCUUCCCUUCCAAAAUGGUGUCGCCGGUGGACCUCGCCAUCCCCGGCGUUCACUCUGCGUCCAGUCUGCCUGCCGGCCUCGCCCAGCUGGGGUUUGACAGCCACAGUUCGCCGUCAUCGCUGCUGCCGGUUUCUUUACUCGGACCGAAGCACGAGCUGAGCCUGCCUCACCUCCCCUCCUCCCUGCACCCUUUGCACCCUGAUGUCAAGCUACAGAGAUUGCCGUUCUACGAUGUGCUGGAUGAGCUGAUUAAGCCCACCAGUCUGGCUUCAGACAACAGUCAGAGGUUCCAGGAAGCUUGCUAUGCCUUUGCAUUAACACCUCAGCAAGUCCAACAGAUCAGCAGCUCCAUGGACAUAUCUGGGACCAAAUGUGACUUUGCUGUUCAAGUUCAGUUAAGGUUUUGUUUAUCAGAGACGAGCUGUCCCCAGGAGGAUCAUUUUCCACCAAAUCUGUGUGUGAAGGUGAACGGAAAGCCUUGUAAUCUACCAGGAUAUCUUCCUCCCACCAAAAAUGGAGUUGAACCAAAAAGGCCCAGUCGCCCUAUUAACAUCACAUCUCUUGUCCGACUUUCCACCACAGUCCCCAACACAAUCGUGGUGUCAUGGACUUCAGAAAUUGGGAGGAGUUUUUCCAUGGCUGUGUACCUGGUGAGGCAGCAGUCGUCUGCAGUGUUGUUGCAAAGACUACGGGCCAAAGGAAUCCGGAACCCAGAUCAUUCAAGAGCCCUAAUCAAAGAGAAGCUGACGGCUGAUCCAGAAAGUGAAAUCGCUACCACCAGUCUACGAGUCUCCCUCCUGUGUCCUCUGGGGAAGAUGAGGCUGACCAUCCCGUGUCGAUCGAUGACGUGUUCGCACCUCCAGUGCUUCGACGCAACGCUUUAUAUCCAAAUGAAUGAGAAGAAGCCGACCUGGGUCUGUCCAGUCUGUGACAAGAAGGCACCGUAUGAGCAUCUCAUCAUCGACGGGUUGUUCAUGGAAAUCCUGAACAGCUGCUCCGACUGUGAUGAGAUCCAGUUCAAAGAGGACGGAAGCUGGGCCCCCAUGAGGUCGAAGAAGGAGGUGCAGGAGGUGUCCGCUUCCUACAAUGGAGUCGACAGCGGUACGUCGCCUUCACGUUUCAGCAUCACAAGUCAGGUGACUCGUCUGCGUGCACCGCGUGAACUUUGCCAUCUCUUUGUAGAUUUGUCUCGAUCGGACUCCCACGAACAUAAACGAUCAUCGCACGACAACAAUAAAAAAGUGGAUGUGAUUGAUCUGACACUGGACAGCUCUUCAGAGGAUGAGCUGGACGAUGAGCCGCCUCCUAAGAGGCCCUGUCCCUCACUGUCGCCCGUUUCUCCUCCUCCAAGCAAAGGAGUCCUCAACCUGCACAGCCAGGCUUCGCCCGCCAGCAGAGCUCCCAGCAUGCCCCCCGUGGAGACCAGCUACAUUCCUCCCCCUCCACCUCUCAUCCAGGACUAUCGCCACUAUUACCACACAGCCAGUGACCUGCCAGAUCUGAAUUUCUUCUCCUUCCUCCAAGGUGACAAUCAGCAUUACAACAUGGUGAUGGCGGCCGCAGCGGCGGCGUCGGCGUCCGCCCCGGAGGACCACGACCUGCUCCUCAACCGGUUCCUGCCCUACGGCUCCCCGCCGAUGCUGCGGGAGCAGCCGGGCACCCCGGGGAGCAGCGCGCUGGCCGCCACCAACGGCGGCGGCAGCAACAGCGGCAGCACCAGCAGCCUGGUGUCCUCCAGCAGCCUGCGGGACCGCGACAAAGACCGGGACAGGGACAGCCACGCCAUCUCGGGACUGUCUAGGUCCUCGGUGGAGGCGGCGGCGGCGGCCAUUUACGGCUCCAUAUCUGACGUUAUCUCUCUUGACUAGAUCCCCACACAGAACUGAAAGACAAGGGAGACGUGGAGGACAGGACCUCUUUGUAAAUACGGAAGAGGAAGAUGGAAGAGAAGAAUACAGUGCUAUGUACAGAGAGGAAAUCUAUUUUCAAUUUUACGUAUCAUAUGUAUAUAAACUUAGGACACUUCCUGUCCGGUGAGUUGCUUCAGUUGAUAUUUUUCUGUGAAUACUGAAGACUUUUUCACACCUCUUCAUGUGGUCCUUUGAUUAUAUUGUACCUUUUGUACCUGGUUUUUACAGUUUCCUUUCGAUACAUCCUGUCAACGGCAUUAUUUGGGCAUCCGUGCACAGAACCCACCCAGGUGGAACAUGGUAUUUAGAACAUAAAGAAAAUGGGCAUUGUCACGUCGACGUACAAAAAGGCAAGUCACAGCGAAACAGGAACAUGUGUAACACUUUCUUUAUUUUCUAAAUGGCAUCAUUUCCGUCGGUGUUUCCGACGGGAGAACGAUCGGGCCAUUUCCGCCAUCACUGUAGAUGUUUGUUUUGAGUUUCUGUAGGACAUUCAUGCUGUGGUCGUUAUUUUUAAGAAAUUAUUUAUGAUGUAAGUUAUGUUGGACGUGUGUUGGUUUCUGUUUUUUUUUUUUGUUUUUGUUUUUUUUUUCUCUUUCUUGUAAAGAAGCAUUCCCUAUGCCUCUAGGAACUUGUUGCCACUAGAAAAGCAAACGCUUCGAUCCUUCUUUCGUCACAGCAGCAUUUUUCUCCUCCUCUCCGCCUUCUGUCAAAUCAAAUAUGAAUAACUUUUUGUGUUACGACUGCAUCGAAAUCGCGUACAAAUUGGAAGUAAGUCAGUAUUGUGCGAUCGGGGCAUGAAUAAAGAGCACUGAUCCAGCAAGAAGCCACAGUUAGAGCUUUUAUAUUAAGAAGUGAGAUUUCUAAAUAAAUGUGUUUUUAUUUUAUUUUAUUUUAAAGAAUGUGUUAUAAAGUUAUUUUUUGCUUAUUACUCCUACACACAUAGAGAAGUGGCCAGUCAACAAAUCUCUGCUUCGCUUUCCAGACAAGGCUAGUUUCUGGUCCACCUGAUAUUAAAUCUUUGAUUAAAAGGCUUAAAACUGUUCACUGAGUGUAAGUGGAUUAACUGCAUUUCACUGUCUUUAUGUUUUUGUUGGGGCACUUGACUUUUUUUUUUUUUUUUUUUUUUUUUCCUCCCCUUGCGAAACGGAGUCAGCGGGUCGGCGGAGUGUUCACGCUUCCCCGCUUCAGACGCCAGUUUCUGCUCUGUACGUCCGCGCGCGACCCGAACGCCGCUCACCCGUGUGAGCCGCUGCGCUGCUCCUGAGCGAGAACACGGGACGCGCAGCUCCUUUCUGUCCUCGCUGGAGCUUGGUGUAUUUUGCUGAUGACUGUGAUAGCUUAGUCUUGGAGUGAAUCACAACAUGCACCCUCGCCCAGAAGACGCAAACCGUCGUCGUUUGAUAUGGACAUCAACCACCUCCUUUUUUCUUUUUUUUCUUUUUUUUUCUUUGACUUGUGCUUACAGUUAGGAUUAUUUAUUAUCAUGCAUAUUUUCAGCAUUUGUUUGAUUUGUGGAUAUGCAUCGCUGUCAUUGUAUGUGAUAUUUCUUUUGUAAUUAUAUAAUGCUAUUUAAAGAUCUCAUUGUUGCUUGACAUGCAUUGUAACAUUUCCUGUUUCUGUCUGUUUUUGCUCUCAGAUGAUGUCAAUAACUCAAUAGAAGCUUUGAUCAGUUUGAAUGGCUA